GGACGCAACUACCAAGUGUAAGAUCUCGUCUUGGAGGGGUGUUUGCGAUGCCACGUCUUUUUUGGUUGCUGAUUUUAUUGAACAUGUGACUGAAUUAGGCGCUCACAUGGCUGCAGUGGCUGCAUGAUCCGCUUUAGUUUUUUAAAGUCCGGUGAUCGGUAGCUCCCUCGGCAGCGACCAUCCGGUGCAGAGGGCCGCUGAAAAACACAGCGCCUAUCCGGAUAAAUCAUGGCGAACAGCGGGCAGAAAGUUGUGCUGAUCACCGGCUGCUCCUCCGGCAUCGGGUUACGAAUCGCCGUCACGCUGGCCAAAGAUGAAAAGAAGCGUUACCAUGUCAUUGCCACCAUGCGGGACCUGAAGAAGAAGGACAAGCUAGUAGAGGCAGCGGGUGAUGCAUAUGGGAAGACCUUGAUGUUGCUUCCAUUAGAUGUUUGCAGUGAUGAGUCAGUCAAGCAGUGCAUCAACAAUGUUAAGGACCGCCAUAUUGACAUUUUGAUCAACAAUGCAGGUGUAGGUUUGCUUGGACCUGUAGAAAGCAUUAGCAUUGAAGAGAUGAAGAGAGUAUUUGAGACCAACUUUUUUGGUGUGGUUCGUAUGAUCAAAGAAGUGAUGCCAGACAUGAAGAAGAGGCGUUCAGGACACAUUGUGGUCAUGAGCAGUGUCAUGGGUCUUCAAGGAGUGGUAUUCAAUGAUGUUUAUACUGCAUCUAAGUUUGCCAUGGAAGGCUUUUGUGAGAGCAUGGCUGUACAGCUGAUGAAGUUUAAUAUCCGGUUGUCUAUGAUUGAGCCUGGUCCAGUGCACACUGAGUUUGAGACAAAGAUGAUGGAGGAUGUGGCUAAGAUGGAAUAUCCAGGAGCAGAUGCCGACACAGUUCGCUAUUUUAAAGAUGUGUACCUACCAUCGUCCAUAGAUAUAUUUGAAGCCAUGGGUCAGACACCAGAAGACAUAGCCAAGUGCACUAAAAAGGUAAUUGAGUCGAACAGCCCUCGCUUUAGGAAUCUGACCAAUAGCCUCUACACACCAAUCGUGGCCUUGAAGUAUGCAGAUGAGACGGGUGGCCUGUCUGUCAACACAUUCUACAACCUCCUCUUCAAUUUUGGGCCUCUCAUGCACAUCACCAUGAACAUCCUCAAGUGCCUGACUUGCAGCUGCCUGCGUAGACGUACCAUCUCACCUAACUAAAGAUGGUUCCCUGUCUUGCUCCAUAGCCAUUGUUGUAUGAAUGGCUACCAAGCAAGACAUAGAACCUCACCCAGUUCUUACAGCCUUUUACUAAAGUUUUGGGCUAAGCAGAUAGACUUAAACCAGUGCCCCUGGAGAGAAAAGGUGCCUUUUAGUUAAAGACAUUACCAUGAUAAGCUUUGCAGAAAACAUGCAAAAUUGCACAGAUUUGUCAUAGAGAUGUUGUAUACAGGAUGACCUCAUGUACUUACACACACAAAAACACACAAUGCACACAACACAAUAAUUCAAAAAACCAUUGUCUUUAUUGGAUCAGUGCACAUACAUAAAGAGAAGGCCAUGCCUAAGUUGCCAUGUGAACUGUAACAGUGAAAGGGUAAGUGGAUAGAUUUCAUCUUAAAGAGAGCAAAAAGGUAGGACAUCAGAUAUUAGUCCUAUGGACAGACAAAAAUAGACUCAGUUACAGAGAGACGCAAUAACAUUUCGGAUAAAUGAUAAUGCUAAAACUUGUAGUUUAGAAAAUAUGCACUCAGGCUCACUAGAGUUAUAACAUGUGUAAUGGAGGCCGAAAGAAUAUAUAUCUGCUUUAUUGUGUUGUGCCCAAUAUGUUGUUUGCCUUAAUAGUGUUCUCAUUGUCAUAACUGCUGUUGAAUCAUGUUUUUAAUCUUUGGAUAAAAUGAAUGUUCUUUGUUUUUAAAAGUUUUGCAGAGGGGCAGGUCAGACAUUUUAAUUUAGUUACUUGAUUUGAA